UCCCUCCUAAGCAAAAAAAACAUUUCUAAGAUUUAUACAUAAAAUCGUCUUCUCUUCUAAUUAAAAUUUCUCCACUUCUUUCUUGUUCAAACGAAGUUUCCCCUUAAAAACAAACGAAGCUUCCACCAAGCCUCAAUUACAAACUCUCAGGCGGUCAACAGAAUUUUGUCCUCAUCAAUUUGAUUUCCGUGCAAAUGGAUCAACAAACCAUCCAGCAACCGUUGCUUCUAGAGAGAGAGAAAAGUGAAGCAGGGGAUGGGGAGAAUCGAAAAUGGAGUUCUUAUGAAUACAUGGGAAGUACAGGUGCAGCAAUUCCCACAGCAUCAAUUGCUGGUGCUGAGCUAAGUGUGGAGGAGAUUCGGAGGGCGGCUUCGUUUUCGGACUCCCAUUACCCACCUUCCCUCCAUGCACCAUUGAUCGCUUCUCCGGAUUCCUACUCUUAUUCUAGUGAGCAAGCUAUUGAACAACCAAGUGGAUAUGGAAGAGAUUUUGGCAGAGAUGUGAAUGUGUUCCAAAGACAAGUAUUGGAUGAAGUAGAGAUACGAGAGUUGCUCAUUGAUCAUGUUGGUCAUCGCUGUUGCUGGGGAAGUCGUCCUGCUCGAUCAUGGAAGAUACAGAUGGUAGAGGACUGCAAUGUAUAUGUAGGGACUUUGGAUACUUUUGUAGAAGAGAGGGAAGUCGUUAACGAACGUAUCCCCUAUCGUGGUGAAAAUAUUAAAGGAAAAAAUAGUGGCCCUGAACUUGGAGUCUGGGAAUUGGACCUGAGGUCUCAGUUCCCUGUUCUAUUCACCCCGGAGAAAGAAACAAAAAUUAAAGUUCCACAUUCAGAAGCCAUCGAGAAGUGCCCUGGUUGUGACGGUCGAGGAGAUACACCUUGUCCAACAUGCAAUGCCAAUCAAGAACCUGGUUAUUACAAAGAAAAUCAGAUGACCCCAUGCCCUUCCUGUCAUGGAAGGGGUUUAAUUGCUCAUAGAGACGGGUCUGACACAAUUUGCUUGCAAUGCAACGGAAAGGGAAAUAUUCCUUGUGCUACUUGCAGUUCUCGUGGAUUGAUAAAAUGCAAUAUAUGUCAAGGUGGCGGCUCUCUUCUUGCUCGCAAUAUUGCAACCAUCAAAUGGAAGACACUUUCAACUCGAAAAGUAAGCGCAACAAAAGGAGCAGCCUCAGUUCCUGAUGAUGUGUUCCACAGAGCUAAAGGAGAGCAACUAUGCAAUAUGCAAGCUUAUCAAUGUAGUCCAGCUUUUUUUGCGGAUUCCUACUUUCUAAACAAAUUUUCAUCUGAAGUUAUUGCAGAUAGGGCUCCUGUUCCGCCUACUGCUAAGGUCAUUUGUGAACGGCAUACUAUAUCUGUUGUACCAGUUACGCGUAUCACCAUGUCUCAUUCUAGCCGCACCUUCAGUUUCUAUAUUAUUGGUUUCAGCAGAGAAGUUUAUCUGAAGGAUAGCUAUCCUGCCCAAUUCUGCUGGGGCCUGUGCCCAUGCUUGGAGUGGCUUCACAUUUAGUUGCUGUUAUCGUCCAAGAAGUCCUCCUCGGCGUCAUUUAGAGGAUGUGGAAUUUACUGAUUCGUGCCAAUUAUUCAUUAUUUAUUCCAGCUGUAUGUACAAGCUCUUUCUGUUUCCAAAUAAAUCGCAUAACGAAAGCUGUGUGUUAUUCAUCUGUUUGUAACUUUUUGCACAAUGUGUGUAUAAUUUGUUUGAGAAGUGCUACUGUAUUUGAUACUUGUAAAAUAUAUUUUGUGGACUUUCUAUUGUAUAGAAUCGUGCAUUUUUUUGGGUCAA